CUCGCGGCGUGGCCAGGCCGGGAGGGGGCGCGGCCGCCGCGGGCGGAGCAGGGGCGGAGGGAGCCCGCAGCCCGCCCCCGCCCCGGGAUCUGGCGGCUGAGCCCGCGGCCAGGGCGGCGCAGACCGGCCCAGCGACUCUCGGGCAGCGCAGGGACGCGCCGCCGCGCCCGCCCCUGGACCCCCGGCUCGACGACACGAGGAAGCACCUUGGAGACAGAGGCUUCUGAGGAGCGUCAGUGCUGGCUGGGUGCUGGCUGGCUGUGUACACAGCCGUUCACAAGACCUUGGCAGGGCGCCUCCUUUCUCCUGACCUCCCCAGGUCUCCAGUCCAGGGCAGGGACCACCCUCUUGUAAGGCCCUUCUUCUGCCGCCUUUGAUCAGCCUCAUCAGGACCAGGAGCAGGAGCAGGGGCCUCUGGGAGAGAGAACCCGUAGACUGCCUCAGCCUCAGCACGGGAAUAGCGCCAUAAUAGAGUCAAGGGUUGCCUUCUGCUCUUCCAUCCUCAUUGAGAGGAAGAGGCCGAGAGGGAUCCUUGAACCCAGCCUAUCAUCUUCCCUGGCCCCGAGGUGGCAUGGACUAGCAGUUGUAAGCAACCAGAGCUGAUGCCCGGCCCCCAGGGGGGCACAGGAGCCCCCACCAUGAGCCUGGGCAAGCUGUCUCCGGUGGGAUGGGUGUCCAGUUCCCAUGGAAAGAGACGCCUGACAGCAGACAUGAUCAGCCCCCCACUUGGGGACUUCCGCCACACCAUGCACGUGGGCCGUGGUGGGGACGUCUUCGGCGAUACCUCCUUCCUCAGCAACCACGGAGGCCGUGCUGGAAACACCCACCGCUCCCCCCGAAGUUUCCUGGCCAGGAAGCUCCAGCAGGUACGCAGAGUCGGGGUGCCUCCUCGAAGGAUGGCUUCCCCGGCUGCGCCGUCACCCGCUCCACCGCCCAUCUCACCCAUCAUCAAGAAUGCCAUCUCCCUGCCCCAGCUCAACCAGGCCACCUACGACAGCCUGGUGGUGGGCAAGCUCAGCUUUGACAGCACUCCAGCGAGCUCCACGGAUGGCCACUCUGGUUACGGCCUGGAGUCUGGGUUCUGCACCAUUUCACGUUUGCCGCGCGUGGAAAAGUACAGCAACCGGGACCGGGACCCGAACCAUUCUCAAGAACGAGAGCAAAGUUCUUUUCCCUCUGAGCCUAACCCUAACCCUGAGCUUCGACGCUCUGACUCUCUCUUGUCCUUCCGUCUUGACCUGGACCUCGGGCCCUCACUCCUCAGUGAGAUGCUAGGGGUCAUGAGCCUUUCAGAACCCCCAGCAGCUGAGACCCCAGCCCCUGCUGCCAACCCUCCUGCUCCUGCAGCAAACCCUGCCCCUAGUGCAAAACCCCCAGCCCAUGCGAUAACCACUCUAGACGCUGUGACAAGCCUUCCAGCCCCUGCUGUGACAAACCUUCCAGCCCCCGCAGCAAGCUCCCCAUCCCACGGACAUUUCCCCAACGGGGUAACUUCUGUGUUGGGCCCUGUGGCUGAGGUAAAGCCCAGUCCUGUGGGAGAGGGUCCCCGAGUCCCAUCCAACAUGGCCUUUGACAGGCGUGGAGCCAGUUGGAGGGCCAGCCGGGCCAGCCGCCACUACACUGAGAUGGAUGCCCGGCAGGAGCUGACAGGGGUGUUACCCCAAGGCCAUGGCUCCUGGGAGAGUCUGAAUGAAGACUGGAGUGCAUCUCCAGCCGGCAGCGUCAGGGCUCCUGUGCCCAGCACGGUGCAGGUCAAUGCCUUUGCAUUUGCUGAUGCUGAAGAAGAUGACGAGGUCAAGGUGUGAGGGGGGCUGGCCAUGGGCUCCAGGUCCUGCCAGCCUCGGGGCUCACGGAGCAGAGGGGCUGAAUCCAUUUGCCUCACAACUACAUCUGUCCUCAAGAUGUGGUCAACUGCCCAACAGAGGGGAGUUACCCAAAUCCUUCCUGGUCUAUACAAGCAGGCAUGGGUGACAGGAGGGUCCCUGCUGACCUGACCCAGCUCCCUCCACUGCCCCUAAGCCCACAGCCCUUCUGUUAUAACCUAUGCCACUCCCUGUGGCCUGACAGUAUGGCCUUUGUGCCCCAGGAUGCUUCCCUGAUGGGGUGGGGGUGGGGCAGGGACCACACAGGGCCAUUGUCUAUGAGGAGGACUGGCUGCCCCUGCUCUUUGAGCCUCUGUAGAAGGCUACCACUGUGUCCUCAAUAGCCGGGUCCCAGACUCCUCCUCAGUUCCCAGAGAAAGGUCAGGUGUGACACAGGAUGGGAUCUUCUGUGUACCCCAGCCCUGCCUCCCAUGGCUGAUUGUAAAAGCUUUUCUGUUAAGAUCUGUCUGCCCAAGGAGGCAGGCAGGCCUCGGCCCCUGCCGAGGUGUGCUUUCUCCUCCUUUGGAGACUUUGGAAAGUUGAGGACCCCCUUUUAGCGCACCCCCCUCCAGCCAGGAGAGGGGGGCAGUGGAGCUAAUGAGUAACCAGCCUGGAAUGCUCCAAGAUAAGAAGCCCAGGUGGGACCCUUAUCUGCAGUUCCUGGAACACCCGGGCCCCAGGUGCCAGGAACCAGUAUCUGCCCCAUAAUCCCAUGGGGCAGCUUGGCAGGUGCUCAGAUCACUAGGAGGGAAACCGGUUCCCAUGUACGGGGUGGCUCAGGAGCACCUCCUGUUCUCUCUUCUCAGCAGUACUAUAUACCCUGUGCCUCAGUUUCCUCCCCUCCCAAAGCCAGGGAGCAUUAACAUGCAUGGAAAGUGCUAACAGCCCUUGCUGUGGAAAUAAUAAAUGUGGAUUCUUUUA